AUGCUGAGAGACUGGUCUGAAUUUGAAAAAUGUUAUCCUGAUGAAGAAGUUAAGAUUCCUGAGAUUAAAGAAACUCUUGACGACCUUACUGGUCUCAACGAACAAUAUGAUGAAGAAAAAUUGGACCGAAGUUCAGGUAUUAAGAUUAUUAAUGAACUUGAAAAUUCAAACGGACCUGUUGAACCCCAACAGCUAUUUUAUUUCGAAAAUUCUAUUAAUUCAAAACCCGAACUUGCAGAAGCAGUUGAAGUUGAAGAUUCAGAGAUACCAGCAGAUCAAGAAAUCAUUACUGCUCCAUCGCUUGUAGAAGAAACAUGA